AUGCCUGAGGAUGCUUACUUGCAGCAUGUCUCAACCAACGGUGCCAGCUCCGCAUCCUUCGACCCUCUGGAGUACUACGAGAAGAUCGCAAGACGCAACCCUACCGCCAUUGCUAUAGCAAAUAAAAUGUGGCUCGACUUUCCAUCUUUAGACUCCCGCAAGGCGAUUUACGUAGCUCGCCGCUGUUCUCCCGAGUAUGCCGGAGCCGCUAGACAGGAGCCUGUCCCUGGGCAUAGCUAUGCCUUUCCUCGCGAGUAUGCCAGAGCCGCUAGACUGGUGUAUGUCCCUGCCGGCAUUCUUCCUGGGAAGCCUUUGCUCCGGAGGUUCCCUCCCGUUUUAGCCAAUGAUACAGCAGGUGACCCGUGGAGGGUAUGA